AUGGAUUUGAUAAAAUAUGUAUCGGUUUUAUUUGUGUUUAUUGUCAACACCGACGCGGGAGGUCAUGGAGAAAAACAUCACGAUCACGUCAGGGUGCACGUGCCUGAAUUUAUCCAUCAUGAUCAUCACACAAAAGUGAUUACGAUUCAUCAUCACCACCAGAAGCCUAAAAAAGAACACCACCACCAUCAUCAUCAUCACCAUCCAAAACCACAUAUUCCUUAUGGGCAUCAUUAUCAUCACCAAAAGAAAACAACGUCGCACGUCUCGAAAGGGCACUCCAGUCACCAUGGGUCACACGGUCAUCAUGGACAUAAAGAGCAUCAUGGUCACCACGGUCAUCAUGGUCAUCACGGCCACCACGGCCAUGAACAUAAACACCAUGACAUACCUAGUUACGAUCCUCCCUCCGUGAGUUACAGCCCUCCAGCAGUAAAUUAUGAACCUCCUCAAGUUAAUUAUCCAAGUCCGACCUACGGACAUGAUUACAGUUCAUUUGUGCCUUCUCCUCAUGUGCACGGUGUUGAACACACAAUAAAAAAAGUGAAAUUCUUUGACUCUUUACCCGGCGCUUUGCCAGGUAUUGCAGGAAAAACUCCAUCGCAUGGUUAUGAAGUGAAAGAAGAGGGAGAGGAAAACGAAGAGGACAUAUUUACUGCUGUUAAUACUUUAUCACAAACAUAUCCAGGUACUUAUGGAUAUGUGAAGAGCGCGGCGGCUAAUUCCGAAAACGACCCUUUUGCUGAUAUUUCUCAACAAAGUACAGCAUCUUCACCUAAUCAUGAUCCCUUUUCUAAUGCGCAGCCUGCUCCCUAUGCAAAUAUUGAAGAUUUCACAAGCCAAGGUAAUGCUCUAUCUACGUCAAUUCCAACUCAUGGCCCUGUAUUUUCCAGUGUACAACCGUCUCAACUCUCCGAUAGUUCAGCAUUUGAUGAUCCUGGUAACAAUAUAGUUGGUGAUGGAGGUAAUACAGCAUAUUUUUCUUCAGCAGAAGAAUUUAAUGACGAUACACCUGUAACCUUUAAUAGAGAAGCUGGCAUACAACAAAGCAUUAAAACUGGAGGCAUUGAAUCAUUGGUGUAU